CUACAGAAUACACAGCUGACCGAUCAAUAGACCGUUGCUAGAAACAGUGUGAGAGAGAAAAAGGCACUCAAGGACCAGGAAGAUGCAGAAAAGAUGAACAUCUGAAUACACAAAGCAAUUACAGCACUGGGUUCCAAAACUGGGAGUAGACCACUGGGGACUUUGCAGAACAUCAGAGGGUGCAGGUUAUCCUUCUGUGUGGUGAGACAGGACAAGCAUCAGCACUGGCACUUAAGUGCCUAUCUGAGGGUCUGUUUUAAGGUGUUGAUGAUCUUGCUCUAGCAUCUCAGUUGUGAUGUGGAGGUGCACCAUGCAGAUACAAGAUUUAAUGGUGAGCCUGGCUCUACUCUACUUUGGGGUUCAAGCUGUUCCUAACUCAACCAGCAAACUAGUGAGGACCGCGCGAGUGAGGAGACAGGCUCCAGAUGGUGGGGGUCUGCCUAACAACGAGACCAAGCCUAUGGUUUUCAAUCAUGUAUACGACAUCAAUGUACCUUUAGAGUCCCUGUGCUCUGUGGACCUGUACACAGUACCAGGCCCAGGGAAAAAAGGUCCACCUGGCAGUGAUAAGAUGCCAACUGAGUACACUGAAGAGACUAUGGACUCGGACAGCCAGGUCACCUUCACCCACCGCAUCAAUAUCCCAAAGCAGGCCUGUGCUUGUCCCGCAGCUGCCACCAUGCAACAGUUGGCUAACCGUAUAGAGAUGCUGGAGAGGGAGGUGUCUCUGCUUCGAACACAGUGUAGCUCUAGCUGCUGUGGAGAGAGCUCUGUCAUGGGUCGCUUGGACUUCAUCCCUCAGUGUGGCAGUCAUGGCACCUUCAACAUGGAGGUUUGUGGAUGUUUGUGUGAAGAAGGCUGGAUGGGCAAGAACUGCUCUGAACCUCGCUGCCCAGACAACUGCUCAGGCCAGGGCAUUUGCAUCGAAGGCGAGUGUGUAUGCGACCGUAACUUUGGUGGUGAGAACUGCUCCGAGCCUCGCUGUCCAGGUGAUUGCUCUGAAAGGGGGUUUUGUAUCGAUGGUGAGUGUGUUUGUGAGGAAGCCUAUGCCGGGGAGGACUGCUCGCAGGGAAGAUGCCUGAAUGACUGCUCAGAUCAAGGAGUCUGUGUAAACGGAACCUGCCUGUGUCGACCGGGCUUCCUGGGUGAGGACUGCUCUCUCAUCUUCUGUGCCAACAACUGCAGCCAGAAAGGCGUGUGCAAGGAUGGGUUCUGCGCCUGUCAAGAGGGCUAUACGGGAGAUGACUGUGCUUCAGUGUCACCUCCUAUGAAUUUGCGAGUCCAAGGGGUUUCAGAACAUACCAUUGAUCUGGAGUGGGAGGGGUCUAGGAUCCUGACAGACUUCCUAAUCACAUUUGCCCCUACAACCCCUGGUGGAGUCCAGCUAGAGAUCAGAGUUCCAGGAAACAUUACCAACACCACCAUCAAAGGGUUGAAGCCCGGUCUGGAGUACAAUAUCAAUGUGUAUGCGGUCAUCAAUGACAUUAUCAGCUCGCCAAUGAACACCUUGGUCUCAACCUAUCUCUCGAAUCCAGAUGGUUUACUCUUCAAAUCCAUCAUGGAGACAUCCGUGGAGGUUCAGUGGCAACCGUUAGACUACUUGUUUGAUGGUUGGGAAAUAAGCUUCAUUCCCAAGGACAAUGAUGGAGGGAUGACAGCACAACUGCCCAGUACUAUCACAUCAUUCCACCAAACAGGGCUGAGGCCUGGAGAAGAAUACACUGUCAACCUGGUGGCCUUGAAAGACCAAGGCAGGAGCCAGCCUGAUACUGCAACUUUUACCACAUUAAUCGAUGGACCUACACAGCUUAUUGUACGAGAUGUCUCAGACACAGUUGCAUUUGUGGAGUGGACCCCACCCAAGGCUAAAGUCAAUCAGAUUAUAUUGCGGUAUGGGCUGGAGGGAGUGGAAGGACCAAAGACCACCUUUCGCCUGCAACCUACUUUGAGCCAAUACUCCCUCCAAGUCCUGAGGCCUGGAUCCUUGUAUGAAGUAUCUGUCAGUGGAGUCCGGAAUGGCAAUGAAAGUAGAGCCAUUUCAACAACAUUCACUACAGAAAUCGAUGCACCAAAGAACUUACGUGUGCUGUUGAAAACAUCCACCAGUCUGGAGCUGGAAUGGGACAAUAGUGAGGCAGAUGUUGAAGGUUACAGGGUGGUUUACAGCACAUUAGCUGGAGACCAGUAUGAAAAGGUUGUUGUCCCACGCAAUGAUGGAGCCACCACGAACACCACCCUCACUGAUUUACUGCCUGGCACAGAGUAUGGCAUAGGGAUUUCAGCUGUUCUUGGUGCCAACCAAAGUACCUCAGCAACAAUGAAUGCUAGAACUGGGCUGGAUGUCCCAUUGGAUUUGACAGUCACAGCCUCCACAGACAACACCAUCACCCUGCUGUGGGGCACGGUGCAAGGGCCUAUUGACCACUACAGGGUGACUUACACCUCUUCCACUGGAGUCACAACUGAGCUCACAGUGCCCAAGGACAUUACCACUACCACACUGACAGGACUAGAUCCAGGCACAGAGUACACCAUUACAGUUGCAGCACAGAGAGGCAGGCAACAGAGUACUGCAGCCACUAUUGAUGCCUUCACAGGGUUCCGCCCUAUCACACAGCUCUUCUUCUCUGAUGUCACGUCUGAUUCAUUGACUGUGGCUUGGAGUGCUCCAGCCCCACCUUCUGAUGCAUUUAUCUUGAACUACAGUGCCCAGGACUCCAGUGAUGAUUCUGAGAUUGCUCUAGAUGGGUCCAAAACCAGAAUCACCCUCACUGGUCUCCUGCCCUCCAGGCGGUACACUGUUACCUUGGUAACCAUGCAUGGCAAUGUGACCUCAAAGCCAGUUGUAGGCUCAGUCACAACAGGAAUGGACCCUCCCAGAGACAUGACUGUGAUGUACGUCACCGAGGAAUCUGUGACCAUAUCAUGGAUUCAACCAAUUGCACCCUUUGAUUACUACAAAAUGUCUUACCAAUCACCAAGAGGUAGGAUGGACAAUGUGGUGAUUGAUAAUGAUGUCAUCAACUACACACUGACCAGCCUCCAUCCAGCAGCAGAGUAUGAAAUCAAGAUGAACGCAGUGAGAGGAAGCCAAGAGAGCAAGAUCAUCACCACAACUGUUUUCACAGCCAUGGACAUGCCUAUGGAGCUCAUGGCCCUGAAUGUCACACCCCAGGGGGCUCUUGUGCGUUGGAGCCCUCCUGUCUCUAGUGUUGAUAACUACGUGCUCACCCUCACUCGUAACCAAGUUACAGCAGACACCUUUCUAGUGGAGGGUAACAAGCAGGAAUACCAGCUGAGUCAGCUCAUUCCCAGCACCACAUACUCAGUGGCCCUCUAUGCCACUAAAGGCCCUCUUACCAGUGGUACUGUCAUCACCACCUUUGUCACACCCAUGGAUGCACCGCAGAACCUGACAGCCAGUGAGGUCAAUCACCGGAGCGCCCUCAUAUCCUGGCAACCACCCAUCGCAGACAUCGAUAACUACAUGCUGACCUACAAAGCAGCGGAUGGCAGUCGAAAGGAGCUGAUUUUAGAUGCAGAGGACACAUGGAUCCGUCUGGAGGGAUUGGCAGAGACCACUGAAUAUACUGUUAGACUGCAAGCCGCCAGAGGUUUACAGACCAGUGCCAUUGUUUCUACUUCUUUCACAACAGGAAACCGAAUGUUUCCGACACCACAGAACUGUGCACAACACCUGCUGAAUGGAGAGAACCUGAGUGGAAUCUACACCAUCUACAUCAACAGAGACCUUAGUCGAGGUGUGCAGGUCUACUGUGACAUGACCACCGAUGGAGGCGGCUGGAUAGUGUUCCAGCGACGUCAGAAUGGUUUGACAGAUUUCUCCAGGAAGUGGAGUGACUACAAGAUUGGAUUUGGCAACCUGGAGGAUGAGUUCUGGCUCGGCUUGGACAACAUUCAGAAGAUUGCCGCUCAAGGACGUUAUGAACUCCGCAUUGAUAUGAAAGAUGGCCAGGAGUCAGUAUAUGCCAACUAUGACAGGUUUUCCAUUGGAGAUUCCAAGAGCCUCUACAAACUGAGGAUAGGAGAAUACAAUGGCACCGCAGGUGACUCUCUGACCUACCACCAGAGCAGACCUUUCUCUACCAAGGACAAGGACAAUGACAUUGCUGUCACCAACUGUGCCCUGUCCUACAAGGGAGCCUGGUGGUACAAAAACUGUCAUCGGGCCAACCUCAAUGGCAAAUAUGGAGAGUCCAGACAUAGUCAGGGUAUAAACUGGUAUCACUGGAAAGGCCAUGAGUUUUCCGUCCCAUUUGUGGAGAUGAAGAUGAGACCAUUCAACUACCGCAGCAUCAGUGGCAAGCGGAGGAGGUCCACCCAUUAAUCCACUGUCCUAUAGCUGUUUCUAUUUUCAAAUAGGAGGAGGAGGAGGACACAAGAAGUGAUGUAACUUAUUUAAACAUUUGAAUAACAAAAUCCCUUCGACGAAUGUCUGAUGUAAAUUGUAAACCUUGAGGUUUCAGUGACUUAUAUGUAAUGCUAUUUGUUAAGUUCUGGGAGAUUUAAAGAUGAGGUAAGGUUUAGUAGAGUUCAACACAUUUUCCGUGUAAAGUUUGAAGAAAGUACCUCAGUAUUAAGUGAAGAAGGAUCAUUUUUCCCUUUGAGUUAAUAAGAUUUUAGACAAAAAAAAGAGAGAGAAUGCCAAUUAAAAACGAGAUGCUUCUAUUUUUAUAAAUGAUAAGAAAUACCUUUAAAAAGUAACUGAAUGAUGUUUGGUCAAUGAUUCAUUCAUUGUGAUUCAUGCUCCUGUGACCCAUCACAGUGCUAUAUUUUGCUUUUACGGCACUCUGAAGCCAACAUUCUUUAUUUUAUUAUAUUAUAUUUUGAUCUCAUCCUUAUCACAUAUUUACUUAUGUCAGUUUUACUGUCAAACAUUGCCGAGGACAAAAUUCCAAACAUGAAACAGGGUUUUCCAGGAAAACGCAAAAGAUUUGUAUUAAUGAAACCUAAACUGCAGAAACCAAAGAUUUAUUAAACAUAUGGGGUUAGAAAAAAGAUUGAUCUAAAAGAUGAAAGAUAAUUAUUUGUAUAUAAAGAUGGUAUAAUUUUUAGACAUGCCAUCAAGUUAAAAUGAAGCUGAUGUCCAUCACUUAAGUUAGUUUAAAUCAUUAUGAAUACAUAUACAGGUGAAACU